AUGAACCAGCAGUCGAGCAACUGACGUUGCCAAGGUCAUCGUCAUCAACAUCCAAGACGGCAGGCGAGCAGAAGAGGUAACGUCCUGGGUUCUGUCAGGAAUUCUGUCCGUUGUAGUUUGUUUCUCGUUUUUUUCUUUCCACUCUCGAUCGUAUUCAGCAAAGUCGAUUGGAACCAAAUCUAA